CACAAAACUUGUUAGGUUGAUCUCCAUGGCAGGAUGGUUUUGGUUUAUCAUGCUAUUUGGUUUGGUGGGAGUCCUGUUUGGGAUAAUUUUGAAUCAUUUCUUGCCUUUAUUCUCGAAGCAAGGCCUUGUCCCUCAAGGGUCCUUUGGGUGGCCAAUACUUGGAGAAACCCUUUCCUUUUUGAAGCCCCAUCCUUCCAACUCAAUUGGAUCUUUUCUUCAAGAACACUGUUCUAGGUACGGGAAAGUUUUCACAUCCCAUUUAUUCUUCUCCCCCACGGUGGUUUCAUGUGACCAAGAACUCAACUAUUUCGUACUACAAAAUGAAGAUAAAUUAUUCCAGUGUAGCUACCCAAAACCCAUCCACGGUAUUCUUGGAAAGGUAUCAAUGCUGGUUGCUGUCAAUGACACGCACAAGAAGCUCAGGAAUGUGGCCCUCUCACUUGUGAACGCCACCAAAUCCAAACCUGAGUUUCUCAAUGAUGCUGAGAGAAUAGCAAUUCAGGUACUCAAUUCAUGGCAAAAGAAAGAACAGGUCAUCUUCUGUGAUGAAGCUAGAAAGUUUGCAUUCAAUGUAAUAGUGAAGCAAGUUCUCGGUUUAACACCAGAUGAGCCAAGAACUACACAGAUUCUGCAAGAUUUUCUUACUUUCAUGAGAGGGCUGAUCUCGUUUCCACUGUAUAUUCCGGGGACUCCAUAUGCAAGAGCUGUUCAGGCUAGACGUAGAAUCUCUUCAACUAUCGAAACAAUAAUAGAAGAAAGAAGGAGAAAUGCUGGUGCUGAAAAUUGUAGCAGUAAAAGGAGUGAUUUCCUUGAGAUACUGCUUUGUGUUGAUACCUUAUCUGAAGAUGAAAAAGUUAGCUUUGUCCUAGAUUCCCUACUGGGCGGCUAUGAAACUACAUUCCUGCUAACGUCCAUGGUGGUUUACUUCCUUGCACAAUCCAAAGUUGCACUUAAACAAUUAAAGCUAGAGCACCAGGGCAUAAGGAAAGUGAAGGACAAAGAUGAAUACCUGAAUUGGGAAGACUACAAGAAGAUGGUUUUCACUCAGCACGUCAUUAAUGAAGCUCUGAGAAGUGGAAACAUUGUGAAAUUUGUCCACCGAAAGGCUCUUAAAGAUGUCAAGUUCAAAGAUUAUGUAAUUCCAGCCGGUUGGAAGGUCCUACCUAUUUUUAGCGCAGUUCACUUGGACCCUUCAAUCCAUGCCAACGCUUUCCAAUUUAAUCCUUGGAGAUGGCUGGAUGAAGAUCAAACCUGCAAGAAAUUUACACCCUUCGGUGGGGGGUCUCGUUGUUGUCCCGGAUCUGAACUUGGAAAGGUUGAGGUCGCAUUUUUCCUCCACCACCUUAUACAAAACUACAGGUGGAGUGUUGAAGAUGGUGAAGAACCAAUGGCAUACCCGUAUGUAGAGUUCAGAAGAGGUUUGACACUGAAUAUAUCUAACUGUUCCAGAUGAGGCUUUGGUCUCCAUAUGAAGGCUUUGCUUUGCUUUUGGUGAUUUCACUCCAAGAAGAAGUUACCGAGUCGGUUUAAGGCACAAAAUUACAAUCAUAUCACGGUUGAAAAAUUUCACUGAAAAAGCCCACGAAUCGUAUCUUGUUGUACGAGCAGAAAAGAAAUCCAUUUCUUGGAAAUCGAUGCUUUUAGUUGGAUCCAAUGA